GGAGUUUUCCAUCGUUGUGACCCUGAAGGUUCCCAGCCUUCCGCCCAAGCCACAGGAAUCAAGAGCACCUGGGACUCAGCUCACGGCACCAGCAAGAGGAGGGACGGUAACAAGGAAGGGGACGGCAACAAGGAGAGGGACAAAAACAUGGAGAGGGACAAAAACAUGGAGAGGGGACGGCAACAAGGAAGGGGACGGCAACAAGGAAAUGGGACGGCAACAAGGAGGAGGAAGGCCGCUGGAGCCUUGAGCAGGAACAGCACAGCCUGGCCUCAUAUAAAAGCCCAUCACCCAGAGCACCUCACACACUCACACCCACUCACACUCACACUCACACUCACUCCCAGCGCAACCCCGCCAUGGCCGCCUCCACCAUGUCCGUCUGCUCUGAGCCCUGGCAGGUGGACGACUGCCCAGAGAGCUGCUGCGAGCCCCCCUGCUGCGCCCCCAGCUGCUGCCAGCCCAGCUGCUGCACCCCGGCCCCCUGCCUGAGCCUCAUCUGCACCCCAGUGAGCUGUGAGUCCAGCCCGAGCUGCCAGCCGGCUUGCUGCUCCUCCUCCUGCCAGCCGUCCUGCUGUGAGUCUGUCUGCUGCAAGCCUGUGUGCUGCACACCCGUCUGCUGCAAGCCUGUGUGCUGCACACCCGUCUGCUGCAAGCCUGUCUGCUGCAAGCCUGUCUGCUGCACACCUGUCUGUUGUAAGCCUGUCUGCUGCAAGCCUGUCUGCUGCAUCCCCGUCUGCUCCGGGGACUCCUCCUCCUCCUGCUGCCAGCAGUCUGACUGCCAGCCGGCUUGCUGCUCCUGCUCCCCAUGCCAGCCGACCUGCUGUGUGCCCAUCUGCUGCAAGCCCAUCUGCACGCCCUCCUCCUCCUCCUCCGUGUCCCUGCUCUGCCGCCCUGCCUGCCCCAGCCCAGCCUGCUGAGGCCUCUCCCUGGCCAGAAGUCCUGCUGCCAGCAGGCUCAGGUCACCCCCAGGGCAGGCCUCUCACUGUCCCCCUUAGCCUGGUCCUGACCUGGAUUAGCAGGCUGUUCCCCUCCCUGAGGACAGGUCCCCCCAUGUACACAGUGCUGGCCUGACCUCUCCUCCAGGGUCCUCUGCUCCGUCAGCGCCCUGGGCCUCAGCCUGUCAGCACCUCUCAGGAUCAAUAAACUCUCCCUGACCUGAUCCUCUGCCUCUUGUGCUCGUGGGGACAGUCUGAGCAGAUCUGGGUGUCCUCCACCUUUGGACAUUCCUAGCAGCAGUCACUUAGGCCAGAA